UAGCUAUAAAUCAGAAAUUCAUGCUGAGACUGUAUGUUUACGGAUUCCAUAUACCACAUACAGCGGCUGCAUAUUAACUCAAACUCUGAAAAAGUUGGCCAUACUAGUUAAUUUCGUUUUGUCGUAUGUUUUUCAGCUCUCAUUCAGAAUUUCGAGAUGUAUACAUUUCCGGUAAGUUUGUUCCUCCUUCUAAUCCUUCCCAAAGGUGUUACGAAUGCUCCAGAAGGUUGUAGCAGAUGUUUCUAUGAAGCAAAUUGCUUUUGUAGUGGAGAACAUACGCGUUUAAAUCCGUCAAUGGAAGAUUGUAACGAGAUAUCAUGUUUGAACUCACAAAUGAAAACGAUGAUAAACUAUUGUAAAGACACUCAAGGACAAUGUUUGACCAGAGGCGUCAUUGCGUUUGGCUCCUACGACUCUCGUUGUCGAACACUUUACUGCAAAGUACCACCGAGCGAAGGGAAACAAGUAGCACAAUAUGAUCAGAGGAUUGUUCAUACAGAAUAUUAUGGAAUACGUUUCAUCAAGACAGAGCGAGCAAGUCUUGGCAGGUGGUCUAUAGGGUAGAGCAUUAUUUACUGCUAUCCAUCGAAUCUAAUAAGUUGUAUUUUCAUGUUUCCAAAUAAAUUUAAUAAAGCCUG